AUGGCGAUUGAAUGUAUAACAUUUGAUGAAGCCCUCUUUGCAACGGAUGUCGACAUCUUAAGUGGUGUAUUGAAAUAUUUUUGUGCGAAAGGGAAGAGUGAAGCUGAGACGAAGAACAACCUUCGCAUCUUCUUCGGCUUUUUUGCGGGAUCUGACAAAUUGUUUGAACUCCUUUAUUGGGUGGUGGAACGAGAGAUCACCGACGCUUCCGAUCGCAACACCGUAUUCAUAAGAAACUCAGUCUAUAACAAUAUCAUUCACAUCUUCUUUCAACUCGACUUCGUCCCAACUGUGUAUAAUAUCAUCGAUAAUGUCGUCUCUAAAAUCGAGAAACACAAGAUCUUCGUAAAAGUCUCAGACCCGGCUGAGAAAAAUUUUAAAAAAAUUAAAGAGGUCGCCAAGUACUUGGUCGACCAAUUGAUCCUUUCAAAAUUCUCACC